AUUGACCUGACCUGCGCUUCUAUGCUGCGAAGUGGUGCUCCCGCCCGCUUUCUGGAACCGUUCCUGAAAUUCGUUUUGAAACAGUAUUCAUCAUUAUCUUUUUCGAAUCUUCGAUGUUUAUCAAGUCUUGAGGGCGAAGAUGUGCGCGGCGGCAUCCUGUAGUAAUCUGGCCGUGCAAUUGAUGAAGCAGAAGAAGGCCGCCGCCGUUCUUUACCACUACCCCUGUCCAGAUGGCGCCUUCGCCGCUUUGGCCGCUCACAUUUACUUCUCUGCUACUUCCACUCCCGCUCUCUUUUUCCCCAACACCGUCUAUUCUCCUAUCAGUGCCGAACAACUUCCUCUGAGCGAAAUUGAGGACAUAUACCUCUUAGAUUUUGUGGGAAGCCCUGGUUUUGUUCAACAAAUUUCUCCCAGAGUUCACAGGGUGGUAGUGUUAGACCACCACAAAACUGCAUGUGAGAUGUUAGGUCCCAAAACUUCUUCCAUCAUUGGAGAAAACGUGUUUCUGGUAAUUGAUAUGGAAAGGAGUGGUGCUACGGUUGCAUAUGAUUUUUUCAAGGACAAACUCCUUAGGAAUGCUGAUGUCAGUGACAGCUGCAAGUUCGCACUCAGAGAAUUUGAGCGUGUUAAGCCGCUUAUUGAUUAUGUGGAAGAUGGAGACCUUUGGAAGUGGAGGCUUGAGAAUAGCAAAGCAUUCAGUAGCGGUUUGAAAGAUUUGAACAUUGAAUAUAACAUCAGAUCGAAUCCCAAUUUGUUUCAGCAGUUAUGUGCUUUGGAGCUUGAGUCUGUCAUCAAUGAAGGUAUGCUGAGCUUAUCUAACAAGCAGAAACUGAUAAAUGAGGUUCUUGAGCAGUCAUACAAAUUGGCACUUGGAGGUGGAGCAUUUGGACAUUGCCUGGCUGUUAACGCAGAUUCUGUUUUUGAGCUGAGGAGUGACCUUGGGCAUCAGUUAGCUAAUAAAAGUCGACAAAUGAAUUUGAGGGGAAUUGGGGCUGUUGCAUAUAAAGUAUCAGAGCUUGAAACUGACAGCAUCCUGAAAAUAAGCCUCAGGAGUGUGGAUGGAGAAGACACAACCCCAAUAUCCCAGGCCACAUGCACCGUUUCACAGGCAUUUGGAGGUGGCGGGCACCAAAAUGCAAGUUCAUUCAUGCUGAGCACCACUGAUUUUGAGAGGUGGAAGCGUUCUGCUUGGACCCUUACCUAGGUCGUUUUGCCGUUGAGUACCCUAACUGGCCACUGAACAACAGGCUGAGAUACAUGCUAAAGCUCUGAGACGGGCUGGAUCUGUGCAAAAAAAAAAUUGUUGUCUCUCCAUCCUCUGAUCAUAAUUAUAAAGACUUUGGACGAUGAUGGCAUGGACGCCGUAGUCUUGUUGGCUUUAUCUGAUUUUGGUGAAAGCACGCUCAGCUGCUGCUAAUUUGUUGUUGGAGAUUUGAAACUAAAGUGACAUCCAUUUUCAGUUCUUCGUUUUCAUGGUUUUAGUUGCAUGCUUGUUUGCUGGGUGAUGUCCACUAGUUUGGAGAUAAUUAUGACGUCAUAUUAUGGACAUGGUAUCACAAAUUAAUUAUGUUUUACGUCUAUAAGAUUUUGAAUACAUGGCAAUAAUUAUCAUUUUAUAAAUUUAAAGAUAGAAGUAGAGUUUAUCGA